AGAAGUUAAGUGCGCGCGCGCAUUGAAUUGACGUAGGAAGGAAGAUCUAGCAGUAAACGAAAGCUCAACUCUGUACAUCUGAAACAAUUGUAAUUAUGGAAAUUGUGCGUUGUGACACACAUGGAACUACUUGUCUAUUGAAAACUGGUACCAGAGAUGGGCCAAACAAGGGCAAAUCGUUCUACAUCUGUGCAGCUCGUCAGGAUCCUCCUUGUGAUUUCACCCACCCAGCAGACAUCCCACCCUCUCACUGUUUACACCAUGAAGACUCUGUAGUUGAACUCCAGGCUCUCAUUAAGUCUGUUGACAAAUCUCAGCGGUACAGGUUGUACUUCCGCUGUGCGCUGGGAAAGAAGGAAGGGCAGAAGUGGUGCGAUAGUGUUCCCUGGAGUUCUAAAGAACCAGAGAAAAGGAGUCCUCUGACAGACAAACAGCUACAGGCCUCCAGCCUUCCUCCCGUUAGGAACCCCUUCAAAGCCCCCAGCAAAACGGACCAGACAUCCGAGUGGAGGAAGCUGCAGCAGCCGGAGGGGAAGGAGGGGGACGCAAGGAGCCAAGAGCAGGAGAACCAAGUCCGAGAGAAGAACCAAGAUGGAGAACGCCACGGCAGCAGCGGAGAAGGGGGUGGUGGUUGCCAUCGCGAGAGGGAACAAGAGCGAGGCUGUGGAGGUGGAAGGGAGGAAUCUGGGGGGGCGGCUGAGAAAGAGGGGCUCAGCAAUGGAGAGACCUGGAGGGCCAAACCACUGCCUGCAGGGAUGAAGAUAAAGAAGAGCAUGUGUGGAGAGGAGGAAGAGAAGAAGAAGAAGAACGACAGCAACAGAACCACCGGAGGAGGAGAAGAAGUAGAGGAAGAAGAGGGCAGUCUGGAGAGAAGUAAAACUGCCCCCACCAACAAGAGAAGCACUACAGAAGGGAAGAAGUCUGCGAAAGCAUUCAGUCCCAGCCCUAAACCUGCCAGUGAGCAGACCACAGAGGAUCGGUCUGGAGCAGUCUCACCUCACGAAUCUGGCCUACACAGAGACAAAGACAAGAAGUGGCAUGCUGGGAAAUGUCGCACCUCAGACUCAGACAGCCAACACAGGACGUGCAGCAGCGUGGACACGGCCACUGAAGCACCCAGACAUCCUCGCUCGGCCAGCAGCAGCAGCAGCAGUGGCGGCUCUAGUGUGGAGGAGACUCCGACGGCGUCCAGCGGGACACCAGACAGUUUUGCCUCCAUCGCCGCUCUAGCAGCCCAGAACAAUCCCAGCUCAGCAGCAGAGAGGCACCAGGAGGCCCACAAGACUCCACGGGACCAAUCUCAGAGACGGAGCCCAGUAGAGCUGAACGGUUAUGACGAUGAUGAUGAAGAGGAGGAGGAAAGGGAGGAUGGCAGUGGUGAUGACGAUGAUGAUGUCCAGUUGGUUUCGGUGCAGCCCGGGCCAAAGAAGACCUCCCCUGUCCCCCCAGGCGCUCCCAUGCAGAAGACUCUCACCUCGUACUUCCUGUCCGGCUCCAAGCUGAAGCUGCACAGCCAGCUCAGUGCCCAGCUCAAGCAGAAGAAGGCCACCCUGUCCAUGGUGAACGUGUCGGCGCUGCCUGAUAAGGGCCAGAGGCUGAGGAGUCAGGUGAAGGAGCUAGAGGACACGCUGACCUCGCUGAGUCUCACUCCUCUCACAGAGUCUGAGUCCCAGGAGGAGACUAAGGAGGAGCAGAAGCCGUCUCCCGUGCCUAGCCCGUCCAACCCCUUCAGCCGCCCGGGCGGAACCAUCCUGCUCCCCGACGUCCCGGCCCCGACCCUCUACGAGGCCCCACAGUCGGCCAGCUCUCUGUCGAUGGGGCUCAGCCAGGGCUACACUCAGAUGUUCGGAGUGGACCCCCAGAGUCACACCUUCUACGGGGGUAGGAUGACCGACAGUCGUCUGAUGGCCAUCCGCAACGCCACCACCGAGACCAUCGACCACCUGCACAAGUCCCUGGAGACCUGCCCCGGCCCAGACACAGAGGCCAAAGACCCCAAAGGCAUCAAGGUGCAGUUACUUCCUCAUCAGAGACGGGCUCUUGCUGACCAGAAGCCAUGCGGAGGAAUUCUGGCGGAUGACAUGGGUCUGGGAAAGACGCUCACCAUGAUCGCUCUAAUCCUGGCUCAGAAGAAGCCAAAGGACGAGAAGGACCCAAAACUGGAGGGGUGGAUCUCCAAACAUGACUCCUCUCUGGUGGUGUCCCAGGGCACUCUGAUCAUCUGCCCCGCCUCGCUGGUGCACCACUGGAAGAAUGAGGUGGAGAGGCACAUCAAGAGCAGCCGCCUCAGCGUCUACCUCUACCACGGGCCCAACCGCCAGAGAAACGCCAAACUACUGGCAGACUAUGAUGUGGUGGUCACCACCUACAAUCUGGUCUCCAAGGAGAUCCCCGUGCAGAAGGAAGAAGCUGAGAGGCCAAGUCAGGACGCUGACCAUACAGGAGCGAACUUGCCUCCACUGCUGCGCGUGGCCUGGGCCCGAGUGAUCCUGGACGAGGCCCACAACAUCAAGAACCCCAAGGUGCAGACCUCCAUGGCCGUGUGCAAGCUGAGGGCGCGGGCCCGCUGGGCCGUCACCGGAACUCCCAUCCAGAACAACCUGCUGGACAUGUACUCACUGCUCAAGUUCAUGAGAUGUUCUCCCUUUGACGAGUACAAGCUGUGGAAGGCUCAGGUAGAUAAUGGCUCCAAGAGGGGUGGGGAGAGGCUCAACAUCCUGACCCAGGCCCUGCUGCUGCGCCGGACCAAAGACCAGCAGGACUCCACCGGCAAACCACUGGUGGAUCUGCCUGACCGCAGCUGUGAGGUGCACCGCGUGAAGCUGUCUGAGGAUGAGCAGUCUGUUUACGACGUGGUGUUCGCCCGAUCCAAGUCCACUCUUCAGUCCUACCUGAGGAGACAUGAAGGAAAAGAGGGCCACAAGGGAGAUGGCAGCAACCCCUUUGACAAAGUGGCAAAUGAGUUUGGCGUGUCCCAGCAGGGGGCGCUAUCCUCGUCCCAGCAGCAGCAGCCCCAGGCCUCCAGUGCCGUCCACAUCCUCUCCCUGCUGCUCAGACUCAGACAGUGCUGCUGCCACCUGUCCCUGCUCAUAAAGACUCUGGACCAAUCAGAGCUGCAGGGCGACGGCGUCACCCUGUCCUUGGAGGAGCAGCUGAAUGCCCUGUCCCUCGGCGGCGAGCCGCCUGACCCCAGCGCCGACCUCAAGGACACCGUCUGCCUCAACGGCUCCCGAUUCCGCUCCGAGCUCUUCGAGGACACCCGCGGGAGCACCAAGCUCUCUGCUGUCCUCACUGAACUCAAGGAGAUCAGGAGGAAAGAUCAGAAAAGUGUGAUAGUGUCUCAGUGGACUAGCAUGCUGCGCAUCGUUGCGGUGCACCUGAAGAGCAUGGGGCUGACGUUCGGUGUGAUCGACGGAACAGUCAACAUUAAACAUCGCAUGGACCUGGUGGAGGAGUUUAACACCAACCCCAAGGGACCACAGGUGAUGCUGGUGUCCCUAUGUGCUGGUGGGGUAGGCCUUAACCUGGUUGGUGGGAAUCAUCUCUUUCUCAUCGAUAUGCACUGGAACCCUGCCUUAGAGGACCAGGCCUGUGACCGCAUCUACAGGGUGGGCCAACAUCGCGACGUCACCAUUCACAAGUUCAUCUGUGAGGGCACAGUGGAGGACAAGAUCUCCUCCCUCCAGGAGAAGAAGAAGGAGCUGGCUCAGAAGGUGCUGACGGGCACUGGGUCCACCUUUACCAAGCUCUCCCUUGCUGACCUCAGGGUCAUCUUCGGUGUCUAGGCACCAGCAAGAUGCUAAAGCAGCCACUGCACCAGGCUUUAGGUGGCCAUAUUGGAUUUACUUGGAAGUGUUCAGCAACCUAUACAAAUGUCAUGUGGGUGUGGGCAGUCAUAAAUAUAUAAAUAUAUUACUAUUACUAAUAUAUUAACACAUAAAUAUAUUACUAUUACUAAUAUUGCUUCCACUUGAAAACCAACACAAUAUACACAAUUAUCAAUCAAUCUAUCGUGCCUCUGGUUGGCUCGCCAGAAAGUGGUCUAUGCUGCCAUAUAUCAGUGAAACAGGAUAUUGUGCUGAAUCUUUAGGUAUUUAUUUUAUGGUCAAAACUACAAGUUUAAGCAACAUGUAUGUAUGACCUUAACUGUGUCUACAAGGGUAGUUACCAUGGUAGUUACUUGAACGGUUGAGAAAUGCUACUAGUUAAAAAAACUUGAUUGUAUGCUAGGCUUGAGUCAUUGUAACCAGUUAUUUUAUUUCCACAAAAUGUCACACACAUGCAAGGGAAAUCACUCCUCAUACAACACUAAUUGACAAUAUAGUGAUAUUUUUUAACUCUGCAAGGCAAUAACUAUUGAUGGCUUUUUUAUUCCUUUACUGUAAGAUGUAGCUUUCUGUAGAGUCACUAUUCUAUUGUAUGGGACAGACAAAGGUUGAUAUAACUGUUACAAAAUCAGGGCAAAAUGCUGAAGUUGAAUGUGUUCAGACAGUAGCGGUGGCUGGGAUGGGUAAAUGGGCCUUUGCCUUAAGGGGAUUUUUGUUUUUAGCAUUAUGUUCCCAUUUGUGUUGUGUUGUCCCAUAUGUCAUGUAACAACAUUUGAGUCUGGUCAUGUCAGAGUAAGUUCUUGGCAUCACAUUAUGUAUGAUCAGAUUAUCAGCACUUCUAUUUGUCAACGACCUGAAUUGCCUUUCUGUUUUAUUGCUUGUUUAUAUGUUUUCUUUGUGGUGUUCAUGUAUAUGUUUGUCUCUGGAAGUUAACUUGCUUUGUCUUUUAUUUUGUCAACAAUAAAAUAUUGUACAUGUCCUCAGAAUCCACAUAAAUGCAUAAACUCCACUGUUAUUAAGGCAUAAUGCAUAGACUAAACAAACAAAAAAGUUUGAGUAAC